AUGGCCGCCGAGGUAUCGAGUAGCCCAAUCGUUCUGGAUGGAUCGACCGAUCCUGAAAAGGCGGCCACUGAAGUCGCGUCGAGUGUGAACCAGCUCCGGAUCAGCGACGAACCUGCACAAACCGCCGACAACCCCCCCGUUGCAGCUCCUAAAAAGACGCUGAGUCUGCCACGCAGCUCUGCCGAUGGAGUCAUCAGGACACCCCUUGCCGAACCUCUCGAGACUGCGAAGCCUGCUGCAAGACCCCCAUUGACAGAUGAGCAAAAGACAAAAUAUGCAACGUUGCUGAAGAAUGUGUCAACGUGGACCGAACUACCAGAGACUUCCGCCAAAGGCUCGAAGCGAGCGCCCCUGACCGAUUCGGAACGAAUAUUCCUCACUCGCGACUGUCUCUUGCGCUACUUGAGAGCUACGACCUGGCAUGUGGCACAAGCUGAAACUAGGCUGAAGAAUACAUUGAUCUGGCGGCGCGAAUAUGGGCUGGCAAAGCUGACGCGGGAUUACAUCUCGAUUGAAAAUGCCACUGGCAAACAGUUGAUUCUGGGCUGGGACAAUAGCGGAAGACCGUGCCAAUACUUGAGACCAUCCAAGCAGAACACCGAGCGAAGUGAACGCCAAAUCCAGCAUCUGGUGUUCAUGCUCGAACGAGCCAUUGAUCUGAUGCCUGCUGGACAAGAGACGCUGGCCUUGCUCAUCAACUUCGCGGAGACAAAGGCCGGACAAGGUGCAACCUUGUCUCAGGGAAGGCAAACACUGCAUAUCCUUCAGAAUCAUUACCCAGAACGCCUCGGCCGCGCCUUGGUGGCCAAUGUCCCGUUUUACAUCUCGGGUUUCUUCAAAUUGAUCACACCUUUCAUCGACCCAGUGACACGAGAGAAGAUCCGGUUCAACGAAGACAUGGGUCUGCAUGUACCCAGGGAGCAACUGUUGAAAGAGAGUGGGGGUUAUGUCGAGUUUGAGUACGUUCAUGAUGAAUACUGGCCGGCCCUCAAUGACUUGUGUGACCUGAAGAGGUCGGAAGCUUGGGAGAGAUGGGUGAAGGGAGGCAAGAGGAUUGGUGAGUAUGAAGCUUACCUCAAGGGAGCAGAAAAGAGUCUAGCCGAACGGGAGAAGGAGGACGCGGCAGCGAAUGCUGGGGCUGUCGCCGCAGCAUAG